CCAGUUCUGGCAACGAGAAAAUGUAAACAAACAGAUCCGAGAUGUUUAACUGUGCGCAGUUGAUUAUAUUUGGCGAUUUUUUUAAAUGUGUGAUCAGCGAUCGGCUGCAGUUAAUAUCUACAAAGGCAGCUGAACUUCAUAACAACAAAGUUCUUUGAUAUCAAUAUCCUUAUUAUUAUUUUCCAGCCAUCCACUAAGCACACAUGUGAAAAGUAGGAUUACGGUAUUUUGUGAAUGAGAUUGGAUCUAUUUCCUACUUGUAGCUGUCGUUAGAUGUUCGGAUUCUAUUAUUAUUCUUUGGCAGUUUAUCUAAUUAUUAUCCAGAAUCAAAAUUUGCAUAAUAAAUUGAAGAAAUUUGUUAAUUUCAUACCGAAUAUCGUCUCCUCUUAUCAAGUAAUGGUAUUUGAGACAUUGAAGGGUACAGCAUGCCGCCUGGCUACGCGCCUGCAUUGCACCAGCCAACGAACUGUAUUUGUUACUGUAGUAAUUCUUAUGCUAUGGAUGGGUUUUGGAAUUGUUGUUUACAAAGCAACUGUGCCAAAAAUAAAAACAAGCAGCCAGAGUAAACAUUUUGUUAAUCCCAUUUCUUUAGAAGAAGAGGUAGAAGCUUGUAAGUCUUCAGGUCAAAAAUUGAGUCCAGACUUUUGGAGAAAAAUUAAUCUUCGUAAGAAGAGUAUUCCACAGUCUCUUAUAGAUGCAUCUUCCUUGAUAGUUAUACAAUCUGAUUUUGUUAUUAUUCAAGAUGCUAAAGUGCAUUAUAAAUAUGCAAAACCUGAACGAAAACAAACUCGUAAUUUAUCAGUUCUUCUGUUACAUGGACAAGCAUAUACUUCUGAAACUUGGAAUAGAUUAGGUACAUUGAAAAACCUUGCAGCAUUUGGAUACUAUGCUGUUGCAGUUGAUCUUCCUGGUAAGGCUUUAGACAACAAUAUUAUUUUGAUUGUGCAGAAAAUACAUAUAUAUUUUUAUUACAGUUAUCUUUGUUAAUGCCUAUUUUUAUAU